AUGGACGUGGACUUGGACGUGGACAUGGACGUGGACGUGGACAUGGACGUGGACGUGGACAUGGACGUGGACGUAGACGUGGACGUGGACGUGGACGUGGACGUGGACGUGGACGUGGACGUGGACGUGGACGUGGACAUGGACGUGGACAUGGACAUGGACGUGGACAUGGACGUGGACGUGGACGUGGACGUGGACGUGGACGUGGACGUGGACGUGGACGUGGACAUGGACGUGGACGUGGACGUGGACGUGGACGUAGACGUAGACGUGGACGUGGACGUAGACAUGGACGUGGACGUGGACAUGGACGUGGACGUGGACGUGGACGUGGACGUGGACGUGGACGUCGACGUCAACGUGGACAUGGACGUGGACAUGGACGUGGACGUGGACGUGGACGUGGACGUGGACGUGGACGUGGACGUGGACGUGGACGUGGACAUGGACGUGGACGUGGACGUGGACGUGGACGUGGACGUCGACGUGGACGUAGAAAUGGACGUGGACGUGGACGUGGACAUGGACGUGGACGUGGACGUGGACAUGGACGUGGACGUGGACGUGGACGUGGACGAGGACGUGGACGUGGACGUAGACGUGGCCGUGGACGUGGACAUGGACGUGGACGUGGACGUGGACGUGGACGUAGACGUGGACGUAGACGUGGACGUGGACGUGGACGUGGACGUAGACGUGGACGUGGACGUAGACAUGGACGUGGACGUGGACAUGGACGUGGACGUGGACGUGAACGUGGACGUGGACGUGGACGUGGACGUGGACAUGGACGUGGACAUGGACGUGGACGUGGACGUGGACGUGGACGUGGACGUGGACGUGGACAUGGACGUGGACGUGGACGUGGACGUGGACGUGGACGUGGACGUGGACGUGGACGUAGAAAUGGACGUGGACGUGGACGUGGACAUGGACGUGGACGUGGACGAGGACAUGGACGUGGACGUGGACGUGGACGUGGACGUGGACGAGGACGUGGACGUGGACGUGGACGUGGACGUGGACGUGGCCGUGGACCUGGACAUGGACGUGGACGUGGACGUGGAUGUGGACGUGGACGUGGACGUGGACAUGGACGUGGACGUGGACGUAGAAAUGGACGUGGACAUGGACGUUGACGUGGACAUGGACGUGGACAUGGACAUGGACGUGGACGUGGACGUGGACGUGGACAUGGACGUGGACGUGGACGUGGACGUGGACAUGGACGUGGACGUGGACAUGGACGUGGACAUGGACGUGGACAUGGACGUGGACAUGGACGUGGAAGUGGACAUGGACGUGGACAUGGACGUGGACAUGGACGUGGACAUGGACAUGGACGUGGACAUGGACGUGGACAUGGACGUGGACGUGGACGUGGACAUGGACGUGGACAUGGACGUGGACAUGGACGUGGACAUGGACAUGGACGUGGACAUGGACGUGGAAGUGGACGAGGACGAGGACGAGGACGUGGACGUGGACAUGGACGUGGACAUGGACAUGGACGUGGACGUGGACAUGGACAUGGACGUGGACAUGGACAUGGACGUGGACAUGGACAUGGACGUGGACAUGGACAUGGACGUGGACAUGGACAUGGACGUGGACGUGGACGAGGACGUGGACGUGGACGUGGACGUGGACGUGGCCGUGGACGUGGACAUGGACGUGGACGUGGACGUGGAUGUGGACGUGGACGUGGACGUGGACAUGGACGACGUGGACGUGGACGUGGACGUGGACAUGGACGUGGACGUGGACGUGGACGUGGACAUGGACGUGGACGUGGACGUGGACGUGGACAUGGACGUGGACAUGGACGUGGACAUGGACGUGGAAGUGGACAUGGACGUGGACAUGGACGUGGACAUGGACGUGGACAUGGACAUGGACGUGGACAUGGACGUGGACAUGGACGUGGACGUGGACGUGGACAUGGACGUGGACAUGGACGUGGACAUGGACGUGGACAUGGACAUGGACGUGGACAUGGACGUGGAAGUGGACGUGGACAUGGACGUGGACAUGGACAUAGACGUGGACGUGGACGUGGACGUGGACGUGGACGUGGACGUGGACUUGGACGUGGACGUGGACGUGGACGUGGACGUGGACGUGGACUUGGACGUGGACGUGGACGUGGACGUGGACGUGGACGUGGACAUGGACGUGGACUUGGACGUGGACGUGGACGUGACGUGGACGUGGACAUGGACGUGGACGUGGACGUGGACGUGGACGUAG